UGGCUGAACUAAUAUUGCUUUCUUUAGCUUCCCUCGUAUGUAGUUGUUUUUUUUAACUGUAGCUCGAGUUCUGAAAGUCUUGAAGUUCCUGGGGAAGGCAUUUUUUUAUGGGGGUGCCAACUGUCUGAUUGUAACAUCUUAUAGUUAGGAAAUGCAUUGCACAGUUUGUGCAAGGAAGCCCCUGGCUGCUGGUUUGAUUGUAGCACAGUAAAGAAAACCAACCAGUUUGUUUUGUGGUUUACCUGAAGCUUGCUGACAAGCUAAAUUAAGUUUCGUCGAGUGUGAAGACCUACAAUUUAUCAGAACUCCCUCUUCCUGUAUUUGUUUUAUUUUAUCUGGAUAAGCUAGCAAGGGAAAAUGGGUUCCAGGAGAUCAAUCACUCGUGCUUACUCUGCAAAUGGAAGAUAUUCUUCCAACAACUCCAGCACUGAAAAUGGGGACGAGACACCUCAGCCCAGCUCUCGCCCGGACAGCCGCAAUUACCUGCUCAACGUGAGACCUGAAAACAGCUAUUCACGUCACAGGUACUCAUACUACAAGCCAAGGAGCACUUUCUGCAGUGUUAUAGCCCAACUGACUGAGGAAACCCAGCCAACCUUUGAGACCACCGUGAAGUCCAAGGCAGUGUCUGAGGACUGUAACGUCAAGUUCUCCUGUGUGGUGUCAGGUUUCCCAGAGCCUGAAUUAACUUGGUAUAAAGAUGACAUGGAGAUGGACCGAUAUUGUGGCCUUCCCAAGUAUGAAAUUUUCCGCAACGGAAAGACUCAUUCUCUUCACAUUUACAACUGCACGGAGGAUGAUGCUGCCAUCUAUCAGGUAUCAGCCAGAAACAGCAAAGGCAUAGUCUCCUGUUCUGGUGUUUUAGAGGUGGGCACCAUGAGUGAAUUCAAAAUACAUCAGAGGUGGUUUGUGAAACUUAAACAAAAAGCUCAGAAGAAAAAGAAGGAGCUGGAGGAGAGUCGGAAGAAGGGCAGAGAGAACCUCCAGGAGAUCAAGGACCAGCUGAGAAUGGUGAGCCCGGAAAGAGCUCCGAGGAAACGGAGAUCAACCGCGGAAGGUACCAUGCAGUCUCCCGUAUCGCUGCCCGAGAUUGAGGAAAUGGUGAAAGUGCAUAUUCAGGACGCUGAAGUCAGGCUACGGGAAGGCACUGCUGAUGGAAAGGAGCAGGCAGCGUCAGCAGCCGAGAUGCCCAAUGGCUUUUCAACAAAUCCUAACGAGACAGACAAUGCUGAGAAAAGCCCAAUAGAGAAUGGCAAUCAGUUCCUCACGUAUAUUUAUGAAACAGUGGAAAUAGUCACUAAAAGGCCACCAAACAAAGAAUUUCUUGCCAAAAAGAAGAUAAAGGUAUCUAAUGGAGUAGAUGGAGAGGAGCUGAGAGAUGAUGUAGGACAGGGCAGAGUUGAUCAUGAAAAUGAGAACGAUGGAGGUAUGAGUUUGUCACAGUAUUUGUCACAGUCCCUAAACUCCAAAACGUCUGAAAAUCCUUUAAAAUCUUCAGGGUCUGAGGAUUUUAUGGAGAUUGACACGGGCUAUGCAAAUUCAACAGUAGAGCCAGAGGGGGUCAAACAACAAUGGCCUGCAACUCAGCUUCACAACAAUUCUGAAGCAAGGCAAGAUGCUGGGUCAAUGGAGCGCAAGGAGCCAGAACCUCCUAACCCACCGCCUCCCGCUAGCCCUGUAUACUUUUCUUUAAGAGACAUCUUCUUUGCAAACCAAAAUCAGACUGAAGAUCAGCUGUUGAAAGUCCCAGAAAAGACAGAGCCUGAAAACAUAAAGUCAGAAGAAGAGAAACCAAAGGUUCCUCAGUUAUCAAUCCCUUCGGUCGCUUUGGGCUGUGAUCAGAAACCAGACGAGAAAAAGGAAUACAAACUGCCAGAUGUGGGCUCAUCUUUAAUUGAAGCACAUGACAAACCACCGAUUGUGGAUAUGCAUUCAGACGCCCAAUCUUUAGGGGAACUGGAAAUUGCAGAGUCCCCUCUCCAGGUACAAGAAUCUUCUGUAGCCAAAGAAAACUUGAGUAUGAAUAACCCUUCUAAACAAGCUGUUACAAUGUCUGAAAUGCCGGGAGUGGAGAUGCGAUGUGGAGAGGAGGCGCUGAUGUCUUAUUCUAUGGAAGAACUAGAAACUUCACAACCAUCUAUAGAGGAAGUCUCUGAAAGUAAACAGAAGGAGCCUGUGCAAGACCAGCCAUCCCUGCUGGCACUGCUGAGUGAGGUCGCAGAUGAGCAAAGGGAAACGCAUUUAAAGGAAACCUGUAUUACUGAGGAUGUGGUCAACAUUUCACAGUUAAAUGUAAACGUGCCCUCUUUAUUUUCUACUGAAGAAACAACUGCAUGUGUCAAAGAGUUUAUGACAGAGUCCCCUGUGUUGAACACCCAUGGAAACCAAGGAUCCAAUUCUGUGGGCCAAACUGAGCAAAACAUGGAGACUGAAACACAAAAAAGGACCAUGGAAAGCAUUGCUAAAGUUGAUGCUGCUUCCGAAUGUGCCAAACCCACAGGAAACUUGGAUACCAGUCAUGCCUCAGCAAGGAUGGAUCUACAGCAAAAUGAUGUUAAGGACUAUAUGGCUGAAGUGUUGGAUGCAGUCAAGGAAAGUGGAAUAUGUGCCUUAGAUAAACAAGGUGACACUGAUACCUUGGUGGAAGAGACUGCUGUUAGGGUUGAGAUAGAUGCAAUUCCAGAGGAUACCGUUCAUGGUAAAGAAAGUGAGGUAAAGGAUCUGCACAGGGAACUCAAAACUGUUCCUCAGGAACCUAUUGUACCUCUAGAAUUAAAAAUGCCAGAUAUAGUGAUACGGGAGGUAGAACAAGAAAGUGUUCCAAAGGCAGCAAAUCUGAAAGAGUUAGAGUUACCAGGGGAAUCAGUCUUAGAACGAGAUGUCAAAGGAGUUCCCGAAGUGCCAGUAAUAGUUACUCAUGAUGAAGUUGCUUUAAAUCAUAUUGAUUCACACACUAGAGUUGAAGCAAUCGGAGAGGACAGCAGUCUUGUGCCACAAGCUGAGGUGGAAAAGAAAAAGCAAGAAGCAAGGGUACAGAAUAUAAGAUCGCAAGAGAACGAUCAAAUAAUGGAUAAUAUGUUAGGCUUACAGAUGGACAUCAGCAACAAGGCAGAUAUAUUCCCAAGUGCAGGUGUAUCCUAUGAUGCCAGCAAGAGCCUUCCAAAGCCUGAUUCCAGUGCGCAGAACUUAUCCCCCCCAAACAACACGCCGUCUGCUUCACAGACUCCACCAGCAGCAGUGCCUUCUGUUUUGGUACCUGCUGUUGUAGUACCUCUUAGUGCUGUACCUCCUAUUUCCAUCACAUGCUUUGAUGAUGCCUCUCAGGAAGACAGGCAUGCUAAGAGAGAAGUAAUAUCUCUUCCCGCAGCAGUUGAGGCUGUUGUUGAACAGGAUGAAUCCUUAAUUGCACUGCUACGUCAUGUUAAGAAUGAUCUUGAUGCUGGGAUAAUAUACAGUACUAAAAAGGAAUCUGACAGCAAAGAUGCUCCCCUUCCUAUUGUUACCGGUACAGAUACAGAUGCUGCAUUGUUAAGUACCAGUGAGCAGCCUGAAAGCAAAGCUGUACAGACUUCUUUGGGAACACCGAAACGUGUGUCAGGUACCGCUAUCUCCGUUCCCUCAAAGUCUGAAGAACGGACCACUCAAGGUGUUGGUUUGUCUGAUAAGCCUUCAGUGGAAAAUGUUUUGCUCAGAAGCAUGGCAAGUCCAAUCCUAAGCCCUUCAACUUUAAGAAGGUUUGCAACAAAGAGUCCCUCAAAUGCAGAAGAGCCAGGACUUGCUACAGUUCCAACAAUCAGAGUGGACAGCCUAUUGCUUGAAGACGCUGCCCACUACGAGAGAGCAGAUGAGCAGCCAGAGAAGAAAGACAGCCUACCGACUGUCCAGUCUGGUGAGACCAGCCCCAAACUGAGGCACAGUGAAAGCCUGACACUCAUCCCAUCUGCCACGCCAGAGGAACUGGCCUCCGGGGCUCGACGGAAGAUCUUUAUUCCUAAACCCAGAACAGAAGAACUUGAGGCAGCAGUCCCAGAUUCACAGCUGAAGAAGGAGGAGGAGUCCAAGAGAAGAAGGCUUUCACAAGAUCUUGAGGUGCCCAGUAUGUCUCCUGGGCAGUCCAGGAGGGGUUUGGCCUUUUUGCAGACUCCUAGCCCCCAGAAUACUCCGCCUAUGGAGAGGCGCUCCCCUACCGUCAGCAGGAGGACGUCCAAUCUGGAAGUUCCCAAGCUGUAUGAAGAAUCGAUGAAUAAGAAUGAAACGGCUAAGGAAAUACAAACUGAAGUUAAAGUAGAGGACGUUAAGAAGAAACAAGAUCCAUUUAAAGCUCCCCAGGUGAUCCGGAAGAUCCGUGCGGAGCAGUUCUCUGAUGCUUCAGGACACUUGAAACUCUGGUGCCAAUUCUUCAACGUACUAAGUGACUCAACCAUAACAUGGUACAAAGAUGAAUAUCAGAUUGCUGAACUGAAGAGAAGCUCCGGAGAUGAAGGUCAAGUGGCUCUUGCCAUUGUGCAGACGACUAAGAAGGACUGUGGGGUGUAUAAAUGUGAAAUAAACAAUGAAUAUGGAACUGAUGCUACAGAUUGUCUACUUAGUGAAGAAGUAUUGUCCGGGUUCCUUUUACGAGAAGAAUCGGAAGUUGGAGAGGAGAUUGAAAUGACCACCAUGGUGUUCACAAAGGGACUGGCUGAUUCCGGGUCCUCGGGAGACAAGCUCUUCGGAAGGAUCAUGACAGAGGAAGUUCACGUUGGAGAAGGGUGCACAAAGAAAGCGAGCAAGGUGAAGGUUAUCUAUGGAUUGGACCCAAUAUUUGAGUCAGGCAGCACCUGCAUCAUUAAAGUGCGCAACUCCAUUGCUUAUGGGACCAAAAAUGGAAGUGACCUAAUUGAGAGAAACCACGAAAUUACAAAACAGGAGUGCAAAAUCCAAAACACUGCUAGAGAGUACUGUAAAAUAUUUGCUGCAGAGGCAAGGGUAGUGCCAAACUUUGGCCCAACACCUGAGAUUAUUCCACUGCACCUCAUCUAUCGGCCUGCCAACCCCAUCCCAUAUGCAACGGUGGAGGAAGACUUGAAAGGAUGCUUUGUGAGGUUCUGCAUUAAGGACAGAAAUGGAAGAUUGAUUAUGAGGAAUGUUACAGACACUGAACAGAAAUGCAGUGCUUUCCAACAUUGGAUUUACCUGUGGACAAAUGGAAACUUACUGGUCACUGACAUGGAAGGUGUUGGAAUGAAGAUCACAAAUAUUGGGAUUGCAACAAAAUCAAAAGGGUAUCAGGGUCUAACAGACAACUGUUCACCUGUGCUUUUGGAGCAAUUCACUGCACUCCAUCAAUGCAAUCGCUACUGUGAGCUGCUCAGUCUGCGGUCCCUGAAGACCAUGGAUACUCUACAGCAACCAGGGAAACUCAAGGGCUCCAGGAGCCCGCUGUUGAACAGGAAAGUUGGAUCAGGGCCAUCGAGCCCACAGAUGUUGAAAAAGGGAUCGGCGAGCCCUCAGGGCUCAAGGAAGGGCACAUCCAGCCCCAAGGUGGUUAAAAAGUCAGAUUCAGGAGACAGCAAGAUGACAACGAAACAUAAAGCUGUGGAAAUCCCCAAAUCUGUCAAGAUGAGGUAAU